UUAAAGUGUUUUCACAACUUCAUCUGCAGUUCUUUUUCGGCUCAGUUAAAAACACAAUCAUAGAUAAAUAUUUAUGUUACUUUCUAGAAAGUAAGCUUGGUUUAAACGUAUCAUAAUUCACACAAUGGAAACAUAAGAAGUUUAAUUAUUCUGUGGUUGGUCUUUAAACAGUUUAAAACAAGAAUUUGUUCCUGGUUGGUUGCAACGUAGACUUAAGAUUAUAUUACUUUUUAACUCUUCUAUAUUUCUAUAAACCUGAUGAAUAUAUCUAUUCACUUUUAAAAUAAAGACGAACAUUUAAAGAACCAUGCGAAUCUUAAUACACGUACUUGUUUCUCUAGUAAUUUGGACUUACGCUUUAGCACAUAGAGAAUUAAGGACUGACCUGAAAUGCAAACCGUAUAGGGCUUACAUUAUCUGGGAUAUGUAUAGAGAAGAGGGUUCAUUUUAUGAUCAAAGAACAACUAUAUCACAACUUAUAAAUGCAUCGCUAGAGGGCUCAGUAAUACGUUUGUCUGUGGUUGGCGCAACAUUAAAUCGUACCUAUAAUUUUAUAAAAGAUGAUUUGAAUUCCAGUUGGACGGAAUUGAUAGUUCAGAUUAAACCGGGAAAUAUAAGUCACAAAAUCCCAUACACUGUUUUGAAGACGGAAGUGUCUGAUACAUUAACUCACAGCAAUAGUUUGAGAAUGUCAGAGGAGUUUUUCUUAGUUUUGGAUGGAAGAUCAAAGUUAGAAAAACCGAAGAAGACAAUGAAAGCGAUGAAAGGAAAAAAGACGUAUGUUGUGUUCGCAGAAAACAGAGAGCUACCGGAUGCUUGGACCAGGAUUGCUACUGACGAAAAACAUGUACUAGAAGACAUUGGGAAAACUGACCUGGAAGAAUUUUUGAAUAGUGUUUGUAAAGAUUCGAGACUGUAUUGUGACACGAAUAAGUACUGGCGUGACAACAGCACGUGUUAUAGAUGUUCGUUUAUAUGUUCCCAGAUACCCUCUGAAUAUUGUCAGCUUGCAUGUCCGUACUUUGAACUGAAGACUGGAUGUGCUGGCAAUUCAUAUAUGGCAACUGAGCUUAACGAUCAUAUAAAACGUUUAUCUUACAUCGAGAUUAGUUUCUCCAUCAUUAUGACAAGUCUACUUAUUUUAAUUGUUUGUAUCAUAUGUCUUGAUCUAAAGAUUAAGCAUCUUAGGAAACUAAACCGUGAAAAGAAUGAUAUUGAUGAUGCAGCCAACGAAACAUUGCUAGACAAGGAUGUACAGGAGGACAUUCCUCUAAAAACGUUAAAAAAGACAAAUAAGGCAAAAACACAGGAGAAAACGCCUAAGUAAGAUAUAGAUAUUUGAUCGGCUAUGCUAUUUCUAUCAGAAUCAAAACGAUGUAAGUGAUAUGGAGUAAAGUACAUGUGAUAAGACAUGUAUUCCUUGUGAUAUCGUACACUAGUUCUUUCCAGUGGCAAUAAGAAUAUGUUUUCAGCUUGUGAAUCGCUAAUAAUUUGAACUUGAUUGAAUCAAAAUUAUUUUAUGUAACGGAGACCUUUAUCUUGAUCAUUAUUCUUUUUAGAAAUUAAAAUAUAUAUCUUCAUUGAGAAAUUUUUAUUGGCAAAAAGAAAGAUGCAUGAAAGAACUGUUUCACUUGACAACUUAGGUUUUCAUGCAGCAUAUUCUUUAACAAUCUUUUGUUUAACCAAUAAACACAUGGUUUGGUUUCUCUUAGCAGCAUUAAACACCUAGUUUGCUUUUGUCGGCGGUAUUGGAAUACUUAAGGAUGUACGAGCGUUUUUUUUUUCCAGGAUAUCCGCCAUUUUGAAAAAUGUUUCUCCGAAUAGUGCUUUCUAACAAAAGUUUUGCCAAAAAUUAAUGAUAGAUAAUUAAAAUAUGGCUAAUAAUGUACCAUUUAAGCAAAUAAAUUCUACUUUUUGCGAAAAAAAAUUUUUCACCCUUAUUUUUGGCUGGUAUUUGCCUAAAAUUGAUGUAAGAUUUACAAUGGGGUAGGGGUAGGUAAUGUCAAAUAUCUAUUAAAGUAGAUUAGGUUUUGUUUUGAAAUUUUCCUGACUGAUGCAUAUAAUAAUGAGCUAUAACUGAAAUAAAAGUUUUCAAGAUAGCACAUUAUGUUAUCUAGAAAACAUAUAUUGAAACAAAAAGAACAAAAAAUAUCAAAAUUCACCAAUUUUUAACAGUUUUUUCUUAAUAAAUCUCUUAGAUGCACGGUGACCCCAACUUUUUUUCUUUCCAUUUUGAAGCAUUUUUGUGGGUCAUUAAAGCUGCAAAAUAUUUUGAAAAUCUUAACGUCAGAAUUUUUUUUGUAGAUCUAAAUACGUUUUUUCCAUUGACAAUAAAGUGGGUGGGAUAAUUAUGUCAAUAUGUGAAAAUGAAAGAGAAUUGUUAGUGACAUUUAUGCUUAUAUAAUACUGGCAUCACCUUGUAUUCAUAUUAACCUGUAAUACCUGAAAUUCCUAUAACAUUAAGUGGGAUAUUAUAUGUUUCAUAAAGUAUCACCAUUUUUCUAAUUUUACAAAAUUUCAGAAAUGCUUAAGCAGUGGGUGAAGAAAAUGCCCUAUAAAAUGAAAACGAGUUCGGUGACCUAUGUUUUUUCUUCUCUUGUUUGUCUUGGAAACAAAUGUUCUUCAAGCUCUCAGAGUAUGAAAAAAUUCUUUAUGUUAGAAAAAAUUCGCUCCUACAUCCUUAACACACGUACAGUUUAUAUUCUAGAUGAUAUCAUUUUCCUUCUAUCGUGAUAUUAUUAAACAGAUUGA